AUGCAUUUCCAUGGAAUCAACCAGCAGGGCACGCCUUGGAGCGAUGGUGUCCCAGGGCUGACACAAGCCCCUAUACGUCCAGGAGCUUCAUACUUGUACAAAUGGGUUGCUACGGAGUCUGGGGCUUACUUCUACCACGCACACUCAAAAGGUCAACUCAUGGACGGUCUCUACGGUGCAAUUAUCGUGGGCCAGUCGCCAGGAUCCAGGACGCCAUUUCACCUCAUAUCCGAAGAUGAGGCGGAACAACGAGAGAUGGCUCUAGCAGAAUCAAAAAUGCAGCCACUGCUAAUUUCCGACUGGAGUCAGUACAAAUUCGACGAAUUCUACGGCAUCGAAGCAGCCGCCAAUUUUGAUCUCGCCUGCACGGACUCCAUCAUAAUCAAUGGGGUGGGAUCGCAAUACUGCCUUGGCCAAGAUUUGCUCGACGAAAUGACCCACCCUAUCAUUCUGCAGAUGUUGAAGGAUCUUGGAGAGAAUCACAUGACGGCAAAGGGUUGUGUACCGCCCAUCUCAGCACUGCAGGGAGAUUUCGACGUGGACCUUUCUAAGCUGCCUUUCAACUCGGUGAGAGGCUGCAGUGCUAGCCCCAAGAGCGCUGCGAAUUACACCUUCACCGUCGACCCUGAAUCUGGAUGGGCAGCCCUCACCUUCAUGAAUGUCGGCGGGCUGUACCCUUUGCAGAUAUCUAUCGACAACCAUGACCUACAUGUCUUUGCCGUGGAUGGACAAUACGUCCACCCUAUAGUCACAGACCGUGUCUAUGUCGGCAACGGCAAUCGAGUCUCCGUCUUGGUCAAGCUCGAUCAGGAGCCGGCCCGGUAUACCUUGCGCGCCGCCAACGACCUUCUGAACCAGAUCCUUGGCGGGUUUGCUGAGAUGACAUAUGCAGGCGCGACAGGACCACCCAGCUACCCAAAGCCAAAAAUGAAUUACGCGGGCCAGCCUCUCACCGAGACCAUCCGCUCAUUCAAGCCCGAGGAAAGCCAUCCGUACCCGGCCCAAGGGCCUGCGAGGAAUCCCGAUCGCACCUUCAAGCUUCUUCUCAGAAAGCCGGGCCGCCCUUACGGGUCCUACGAGUGGAGCUUGUCUGGACACGACGUCUACAACAUGACAGAGGAGGAGACAGACCCCCCGCUGCUGUUCCGACAGCCCUCGGAUUUCCCAGACAGUGAGCUGAUCAUCCAGACGAAGAUUGGCGAGUGGAUUGACAUUAUUUUGGAAACCGAGGGUCCCUUCGCGCAGAGCCACCCGGUCCACAAACACGGGAACAAAAUAUUCUACCUCGGUUCGGGGCUUGGGAGAUUCCCUUGGAGCUCGGUGGAUGAAGCGUCACGCCAUCUGCCGUCUGGCUCAUUCAACCUUGAGAACCCUUCCUAUCAGGAUACUUUUACUACACCUGACAUUGUUGGUGAAUCGCCCGCUGUGUGGACAGUUAUCCGUUACAAGGUGGAAGUACCUGGGGCAUGGCUUGUCCACUGUCACGUUCAAACGCAUCUGGCUGGGGGCAUGGGCAUAGUUAUCAUGGAUGGUGUGGAUGCAUUUCCUGAUGUCCCGAUUGAGUACCGCGAAUGGAAUGGGUUUCUUCCUUCAACGGCAUAG